AUGCCCGCGGCGUCAGAGGCCGUGGGCGCCCCCGGCGGCGGCGGCGGCGGCGGCGGAGACGUUGAGCAGGAGUACGAGAUCCGCAACGACGAGGGCUUCGUCUACAAGGUCGCCAGAGGGCUCUACCCGGACGCCGCGCCCUCCUCCUCCCAGCCGGCGGCGGGCCCCGACCCCGAGGCUGCCGGCCUGCGCCGCCGCCGCCGCGCGCUCCUCCGCCUCCGCGACAAGCGCCUCCGCGACCUCUCCCGCUGGGAGGCCCUCGCCUCCGAACUCCUCGCCCCGCUUCCCGCUCCGCAGCCACCGGCUUCCCCUCCCACCUCGUCCCAUCCCGAAGCUGCCGCCGCUGCCUCCUCCUCGUCCCAUCCCGUCGCCGCCGCCGCCGCCGCCUCCUCCUCGGCCUCCGUCCUCGACGACCUUCUCGCACAGGUUGAGACGCAGACAGACUUCUUGAAGAAGGCUCGGCAAUGGUGCGACGAGGCCAACGCGCUGUGCGACGCUCGUGAGGCAGCCAUCUUUGAUUCGAUUGUUCCGCCGUUGUGGGGCGGCAACCCAAAGGAGCUAAUGGUGGGGUUGUGCAGUCCAGAAGAAAAUACUGCCUCUGGUAACUUGGAUGAACAGAAUGGGCCCCAAGAAGCUUCCGGAGUGUCUUCAGCAGCAGCUAAAAUGAGAAAAAAUAGUAUCAAGAAACAGAAAGUGGGUCAUGACCUUCCUCCUCCCAUUCUCAGUGAGAGCAGGAUGAGGAAAAGAGUAACUAAUCUUUUAGGCUCCAAUAAUGUUGCAUCACAAAACUCUGUUGAACCAAAGAGGAAGAAGGCAUCAGGGAGUACAUCUACUGCCCGAGGCACUCCAGGAUCAGCGUCGAGAAGGAAGGCAGAGUCGACUCCAGCAAGAGCUCCAGACAUUGUUUGUAGCCCGGGGCCACUAACCAGGAGAAGGGCAGCAGCUAAAAAUGAAUCACCAGGAGGUUCAUAA